UAUCGUGUCAACAAAUACGUUGUCAUCAUUGUAAACAGUAAACAAUAAAACAUUUAUUGCUUAAAAAAUGCCUUUAUUUAGUAAUAAAUUUUCACCAAAAACGAUCCCUGUUAGAAGACAAGAUACUUCCGUACUGAAGAACGAGUUCGGCAGCGAAUUUGCAACGAGAGAGUUGUCAAUAGACGUUCCACCACUUAAGUUGAAACUGGGAGAUUUUGAACUAUCUUUUGAGGAAGGACAAUGGAUACCAGCAUCGGGUAGAGCCGGCGCAUCGCAUAAAGAAAACAUUCGCCUCAAAAAGGAGUUGGAACAGCUCGAAGAAGAAAAUAAUAUGUUGAGACUAAAGUUUGAAAUACUGCUCGAUAUGAUGACGGACAAGACUGUGGAAGCGGAACAGGAGCUGCAGCGAGCACAGAGUACAGGCUCUUUGAAGACGAAAAGUAAAAAGCAGAAAUGGUGAUUUCAGUCCAGUGAUAGGGUAGUAUCUUGAAAAUUACACUAUUUUGUAGAUUUUUCGAAGCUUAAUUCUUUUGACAUGAUUUUUUUUACAAGUUUUGUAAAAAAAUUGUUUUGUUUGACUUGUAUUGCAAGUUGUAAAGCAUGACCAGAAAUGUAAAAACUUGCUCGGGGGGUGCCACUAUUAUGCUAGUCUAUGGUCACUAAGUAUAUUAUGGUCUU